UCGCCGAAAAGGCUUUUGGUGCGGUGACCGCCGCCGUCACUAUUUUAUAUUUUACAUCAUCUUUUCCGCCGUCCGCACCUGCGUUUUUAGGUGCGGUGCACGUCUCUGGUGCACCACCUCAUUAUGGUCAAGCUGUACGUGAUUAUUUAGAUGAUACAUUUUUAGAAUGGAUCGGUCGUCGAGGAAUAGUGGAAUGGCCACCGCGGUCUCCUGAUCUUACUCCAUGUGAUUUUUCACUAUGGGGAGUAAUAAAAGAUCAUGUCUAUGCUCAAAAACCUCGUAAUGUGGACCAUCUAAAAUUAUUAAUUGAACAUGAAUUUACAUCGCUCAAUGAUAAUAUCGAAUUAUGUCAAGCAAUCUGUCAUUCUGUAGCUAAGCGUUACCGGAGGUGUAUUAGAGCAGAAGGCAAACAGUUCGAACAUUUCCUUUAAAAUAUUGGUCAUUUUCUGAAAAAAUUUUCCUUUCUUUAUAUUAUAUUUGUUUUUUUUUGUGUACUCAAAAAGUGAGUACACUCUAGAAUCGGUCAGUAUGUCCGGCCGUCCGGCCGUUUCCACGAUAACUUUCGAAAGGAGAGUCAGAUCGGG